CUUCGCGGCAGGAGAAAUGAUCAGCGUUACAUAUUCUCGACACGUUGAGGUAGAGGAGCCUGGAAGACCUGGAAAUAAAGCACCUUUCCCAGGUUAGCAGACGAGAAGUGCGAGGCACUUAAAGCAUAUAUGCGAACUCACCUUCAACGGCCCUUCGGCCUCUUCCCGCUGAAUUCUAUCCCCCAUUGCCAUCGUUCUCGGCUGUAUCUAGACCACCGCCAGCCUUAGAGGAAGAAAAAAACCCACAUCCCGUCCGCCGCCUUACGUACUUGCCUACCUACCUCUCUGUCGCCUCACUUGCCGCCCAAACGGCCGUUAUAUCACACAUCUCGGUUUGCUGUUGCUCUGUCCUAUCAUCCGUUGUCUGGGCUUGGCCUGUCUUGUUUUGCUGGCCAGAUCUGGUCCGGCUCAGCACCCACCAACCACUCAAUAUCUUAAAUAUGGUUCCUUAUAUCGAUGUCUCCCAUUUGCCCUCGUCAACCUCCUUCUACUCAGCCAUCCUCCAACCCCUCGGCAUCCACUAUAUAUCCGCGCACGCGCAGACCGCUUGCCCUGACACCCCCGCCGACACUAUUAACAUCGACUCCAAGAGGACCGUCACCACUCCUAGCCCUGGCAGGCUUCCUACCACGGUCACCUAUGGUACAUCAUCCCCGCCUACCCCAGUCCUUCAGAUCCGAGAGGCCCGCAGUUCUAGCGAGCCCCUGAAGCUUUCUCGCAUCGUCUUCUCCGCCCCGACCCCCUCCGCUGUCACCGGCUUCCACUCCUUUGCCGCUCGGGCCAAUCCGAACCUGCAGUCCGUAGUGCCCCUUGGCCAGAGUGGCGAUAUCCACCGGGCCGCGGUGACCGACUUGGACGGUAACAUCAUGGAGGUUGUAUAUCAACCCCCUCCCAACUACCCUCCUUCCUACGCUGGGUCGACUAUUCGAAAGACGCAGUCCACUACCAAGGAGGUCAGUCGCAUUCUUAACUGGAGUUACGACGUGGCCACCUCCGAACCUUCUCCCUCCAUGUCUGGCUCCGUAGCUGGUGGGCCCUCAGCAUCUGCUCUGGCCAUGACCGCCCGCUCCGGCCAAUUACCCGGCAACGAGCCGUACACUCUCCUCCGUCGCAGCGUCACCACAUCCGUCAUUGAAUCGCCCUCCAGGACAGAGGAGCCCGCUACCGAGCCUACCUCAGCCGCGAGCGGGAUCGCUACAAGCACUGUUGUCGGAAGCCUUCUAGGUGCUGCCGUCGGUGCUGCCGCCGGCGCUGCCAUCACGUAUGGGAUGAUGCGAAAAGAACGUGCACGGGCUCCGGUUCAAGAGUUUGAUGGCUCCGCUCCGCCGUUCCAGCGCCGGGCCACCUUCCCCGAUCAGUACGCGGAGCCGCAAGCUGGGCAUGGACGCUACGUCGAGGUCGAGCGGACUGUCGAAAAGAUCCGGUACCCGGAAGCCUACCCAGCGCUUCCCGACAAUCGUUCAUCGCCUCAAUACGGGGCCAAGUACAGCCAGGUCGGCUCCCGCACCCGUGCGGUCGACGAUAUGUACGAUGACUCCCGCAGCCGUCACUCUUCACGCUACCAGCUCGAGAGAGGCAGUAGCGUCCGAUCCCGUAGCCAGGCACCCAGCAGGCCCCCAACUGUGGUCCGAAGCAAGGCUCCUACGACGGUGGCCCCAAGCAGGGCUCCCACCCAAGCACCUACGAUUAUGCCUAGUAAAGCGCCCACUAAAGCGCCCAGCAGAGCCCCGACAGCAGCUCGAACCUUGCAACCCGUCUUCGCAUAUCCGCCUGCCACGCGAGCCCCGACAUAUAUGCCUGCGCGCCACCUUCCUCCGCCGAGAAGUGGGAUUGGCAAUAGUCAUGUUGCCUGGGAAGACGAUGCCGUUAGUGUGGCACCGAGCGACAGCAUCAGCUGUAUUGGCAGCAAGACGAGUAGACGCCAGUAUCAAUAGGGGAAGGGGGGUUGCGAUGGUUUAUUUUUAUUGCUCUGGCAUGUCCGCCACACGACACUUAGCAGCACUGUCGUAAUGGUGCACUUGUCGUGCACCCUGACGGGAGCUUGGUUGUCGAGUGAUGCAAAUG